AUGAAUUCAAGUUCAUCCUCUGCAAAUGCGGUGAGCACAGUUCGUGGAUGCGAUCCAGCGAUUCCGCAAGGAACUCUCGAUCAUACUACUCCGGAAGCUUACGACUGGCUUGUCUUCAUUGCCGUCUUCAGCAUCAUUACCUGUCCACUUACUAUUGUCUUGAAUGCACUGUUCAUAAUCGCUGUUACGACUAAGCACCGAUUGAAGACCAACACUAACAUUGCACUCUCCUGCUUGUCGACAACUGAUCUGGCAAUGGGAGUGAUCGGCCAACCUCUGUCCGUCUCUAAGACGAUCGCAGAACUGCAAGGAAACACAUCUGUUACGUACUGUGUAAGAACGCUGUUGGCGACAAUCGCUUUGAGAGUAUUAAGAAGUGUAUCACUGUCCCACUUGGCCAUGAUGAACGUAGAGAGGUACAUUGCCAUUAAACAUGCCCUGAAGUACGAAACCAUCGUCACAAAGAAUCGCCUCGUAUGUUUGUCCUCUCUCCUGUGGGUCGCAGAAUAA